CGUUUUCUGGCUAGGGUUCGCAGACGUUAUUUUUCGGCGGAACCAAGUGACAGCCGGAAAUACGUCUGCUUUCGCAGGUUAGUUUGUGACCGGGGUUGCACUGUAUUCAUCACGCAACACCUGCUGCGUGACCUGUUUACCCAGACCCCUUGAUGAGUUCCUCCUCACGCAUUUGUGGCGUCUUCCGUGGCUUGGCAACUAUGGACAACGCUGACUUGGAAAAGCUCUCCAUUUCACCUGGAAAGCUAACACCCAAAUUCCAUCCGAAUACUACCGAAUACUCAGUAACUCUCGGAAGUGAUGUCAAACAGAUAAAAAUCGAUCCGCUUACAAGUGAUUCAGGAGCUUCUUACUCCAUUUCGGGUAGUGGAGGUGGAAAAACAGUUGCUCUGAAAGAGGGAGAAGUUACACCAGUAAAAAUCGAAGUAACGGCAGAAGAUGGAAGCACAAUCAAGAAUUAUUUCAUUCAAGUUACGAGGUUGUCUGCAAGCGAUGCUUCUCUCACAGAUCUCAAACUUUCUGUCCUUGGCAGCCUCUCUCCAGAUUUCGCUUCAAAUAUCACCAGUUACUCUGCCGUCGUUCCAUUUAGUAGCUCUUCCGUUGAGGUAACGCCUAGCGUGGCUGAUAAAAAAACUGCAGUAAAAGUUAAUGGUGGUGGAUCGAAAGAUCCCAUACCUUUGAACUAUGGCGAAACAGUUGUCGAGGUGGAGGUAACUUCUCCAGACUCAAGCAGCAAACGAACUUACGUGUUAAUAAUCUCUAGAUUGAAGCUCUUAAGACCGAUAAAGUUUUCAGGUGAAAAAGAACAAUCGAAAUUUGAAUGUCCCGUGUGUCUGGGAGUUCUGUAUCGACCAAAAUCGAUCAAGAACAGUCAGCCGAAACAUGUGUUCUGCAAGGGGUGCAUCGAUGAGCUGACCCGGACCUCAAAACAGGAUCCUUUGGACCGUUCCCCGCUACCAGAUGUGUGGCGUGUAGAUGAAUAUGACUUGGACAAGGAAUUAUCUUCCCAGGUGGUGUUCUGCGUUUACAAGCACUGGGGAUGUGGGGAGGAAUUGAAGCUCUGUGACCUUGGUCCUCAUAUGAGGCAGUGUGAAUUUAGGCCUGUUGUAGUGGAGAAGUCUGAGGAAAUUGUCCCAGCCAAGGAUCUAGAAGAAAAAUCGAAGGAGGCUUGUAAAGGAUGCCCAGAUUGUAAUCGGCCAGUCAGAACCUCUGAGCUUGAAGAACACAAGACUUAUAUGUGUACAAGUAAGCAUGCCAAUCCAGGUACAAAGCACAAGUCUGAAAUCAGAGUUUGGGAGAAGAAACUUCAGCAAGAAACAAAUGAAAAAUCUGCUGACAAGUUGGUAAAGACAGCUGAGGAGCAAAUUCAAGAAUGCUUCAAGGUGUUGCCACAGCAUGGUAAUGCAGGCCAUUUUGAUGGCGAGGUUUCACCACUGAGAUACUUGGAGAUGGCUGCUGAGUGGUUUGCCACAGCGAUCAAGUUGUCGCCCAAAAGGGCUGAUCUUCAUUUUAAGCUAGGGCAGAUGUUGGAGGAACAACACUAUGUGGAGGAUCUCUAUGGGAUCAAACCUCCAGUAAGUUGGCUUGUUUUAGCCUGCAUUUGAUAUCAUUUUGCCAAAAAAUAAUUAGAUAAUCACAAGAGCUUCAUUAAUGUUUUACGCGGGGGGUAACUGGUUUUGACCGAGCAAAAUGUUUUGAACUGAACUUCGUUGUUAGUGAAACUUUCUCCUAGAUGGUCAAGCCAGGCAGGAAAAAUCAUCCUCGUGGCCAGUCAAUUUGCCCAGUGCCCGGCCCUAAAUGAAACAGCCUGCAAUCAGGGAGACUAUGCUUCGUGUCUAGAUAUACUGAGCUUCCAAUUACAUUGUAUAACAUAUUAGCCAAUCAAUUCCAAGUCGGAGUGAUCACACCCAUGAAAUCAAAUCAGACUGUCUAGUCUGUAAGUGAUGAGAAGAAUGGGAACCACCAAUAACAUGAAGAACAGGGGGUUAAUUUGUUUGCCUGAUUUAACACCAGAUUCUCAUAACUAGAAUGAAGUGAUUUUAUAGGCUUCGGUGUCAGUAGAGGAGAAGUGAAUUAGAGAUUGGUUAUAGAGCAGGGUUUUCUU